UGUCUCACGGCGCGCGCGCGCGCGCGGACGCCGAUUGAGCCGUCUGUCACUCCCCACGGAGAGACACGUCUCCGCAGCCUUCCGAAUCCGAACCCCGCUCUCCCAAAACGAUGUUACACGUCUCCGUCCGCGAGCGGAACCCAUUUGCAGCCUGUUGGUCGGUGCCAUGCCUGUUCACCUGAAGUGUGUGUACCAAAGAACCACAUGACACUCAAAGCAGUCCAUUUACGUCAUCCUUAAACCUGAUGGAGUUCCUCUUAAUGCUUCACAGCUGAUUAUGCGUUAAUUGCAACCAAGGGGAAAGAUGUGGGCAUCAUUGUUCUGCUUGAUUGCUGUUUUUGAGGCCGUCCACAUUACCAAGUGCCACGCGGUUUGCAACAGACAAGGGCCGCUAGAGUGGCACCUUAAAAAACACACAAUCCAAAUGAAUUGGACUUUAAUCGGAAACAUCUGUAAGGGUGGCUUGGAGUGCUGGGGUUCUCGGGGGGAGGUCCAAGUGAGCAAGCAGCCUUUUAACUUCCCCCAGAUUUGCCCACUUCAGCUACAACAUGGAGACAGGCUGCUAAUGUCUGCUGAUGAAACUCUCAAGUCGUAUGGCAUCAGACUCCUCAACGUGUCAAGAGAGGACUUUGAAACCUGCAUUACAAAUGCAGAGUUAAAGAAUCAGUUUGUGUUCCCCCACAAUAUAAAUGAAAGUGAGCAUGUUGAGGCCAAGUGGAUUACUCCAGGUCAUCAUUACUUUAUCGCACUUCAUGAAGGGGAUUCGCAGUUGUGCAAGCUUGGUUUAAGGCUCAAUGUGUCUGUUAAAACACAGCUCUGCCAGGCCUCGCCUCUUCUUAGACUUUGUUCGGGUAAUGGAGUUUGCCGGACAGAUUUCUACAAGGACGCCUACCACUGCCAAUGCAACCACCGCUACUUUGGGAGGUUCUGUGAAAGGUUUGACGCAUGUUUGGAUAACCCUUGUCAAAACAAAGGAGUCUGCUUGAGCAAUGGAUCCAUUGACCCAAACAACAGACCCUACAAAUGCCUAUGCCCACCACAUUUUACAGGCAUCAACUGCUCGGAAAUCGUAGGGAAAGAAAACUGUCAGAGAAUUUGUGGAAAUGGGACAUGUGUUCAACUGUCAUCGGCAUCCUUCAAAUGCAUUUGUGAGCCUGGACGUUCAGGCCCUCCCUGUGAGAAGAGGAAAGCCCUGUGUGACCCAAAUCCAUGCAGAAAUGGCAGUGCUUGUGCUGAUACCCCUAAAGAAUUGGUUUGUCUCUGUCCAGACUCUGGAGUUGGCUGCUUGUCGUAUUUAUGUCUGGAGGAACCAAACUGCACUGCAGGGGAGCAUGGCUCUGAAUGUGCUUGUGCAGACGGUACUUUGGUCCCAGAAUGCAGGAAGCAGCAGAGCAUGUGCAGCCCAUCACCAUGCCUUAACAAUGGUACCUUUGUGUCUAGGGGAAAGGAUUACUUCUGCAGAUGUCUGAGUGGCUUUUCUGGGAAGAACUGUGAAGGAAUAAUUGACUACUGCAGACUGCUCAAUAUCAACUGCCUAAAUGAGGGAUUGUGUUUGAGCGUAAUUGGUGGAUAUCAGUGUGUUUGUACCCCGGGGUGGAUUGGAGAGUUUUGCCAGCAUGUUGAAGAUGCCUGCUUGAUUCAACCAGACAGCUGUUUAAAUGGAGCCACAUGCAUUUCCACAAGUCAGCCGUGGUCUCCCCCUGAGUACAUCUGCAAAUGUCCCCCUGCAUUCACAGGACCAAUGUGUGAGACCGAGAUCAACGAGUGUGAUUCCAGCCCAUGUCGGCACAAUGGCACAUGCACUGAUUUGCUUGGAGACUAUAAAUGCCAAUGCCCUACAGGUUUUCAGGGAAAGAACUGCGAAAUUGACAUAGAUGCCUGUUCCCUGCCGGACACUGCAUGUCAAUCAACAACUCAGUGUUUGGAUCUCCAUCAAGGCCUUGAAUACACCUGCCGUUUACCCUGCCCUACAAACCUUCAGCCGUGUGCCAAUGGAGGUCGCUGUGUGUUGGAUAAUGCCAGCAGCUAUGUGUGCAUCUGUGCACGCGGUUGGUCUGGUCGGAACUGCCAAAUAAAUGUGAACGAUUGUAUCCAGCACUGGUGUAGAAAUGGAGCCACUUGUAUGGACGAGAUUGACGGUUACAGCUGCCUUUGUCCCGGUGGAUACACAGGGGUCUACUGUGAGCAGGACAUUGAUUACUGUGUCGACAGUCGCUGCUCUGAACACGGUGUUUGCCUGGACCAGCGGUAUAACUUCACCUGCCGCUGCAUGCUGGGAUAUGAGGGGCCGCUGUGUGAUGUGGAAGCAGAUGAGUGCAACAGCUUCCCGUGCUCAAACGGCGCCACCUGUGUGGACCUAAUCAGUGAUUAUCGGUGCCACUGUCCCCUGGGGUUUGAGGGAAGAACAUGCUCUCAGAAUGUAAAUGACUGUUGGUCGCAGCCUUGUCUGAAUGGAGGCUCAUGUGUGGAUCUGAUAAAUGACUACAUUUGUCACUGUCCUCUUGGGUUCAAAGGAAAGGAUUGCUCUCUGGAUAUUGACCUUUGCUCGUUUGGACUGUGCAGCGAACACACAUUAAUAUGCACCGAGAGCAAGGAUGGGCAGAAUGUCUCUUGCACGUGUGAAAAAGGGUUUGAAGGGUCAUUUUGUGAAGUAAAUAUCAACGAAUGUGAAUCAAAACCGUGUCAGAAUGGUGGCUUUUGUGUGGAUGGCCUUGACCAGUAUCAGUGUUUGUGCUCAGAGGGCUUUGGGGGUUUCAACUGUGAAAUCAACCAUGAUGAAUGUGUCCACGGAUACUGUGCCAAUAAUUCCACGUGUAUUGACUUGGUUGCAGACUAUGAGUGCAUCUGUCCUUCAGGCUUUGGUGCUGACCCACACCUCUGCACAAAUGGAGGAACCUGUUUCCAUAAUCACACAGAGGAAGUGCAAUGCAUUUGCCCUUCAGGCUACCAUGGCAGAGACUGCUCCUCGUCUGUGAGCCAGUGUGUGUCAAAUCCAUGUGACCCAGAAGGAGCCAUUCUCUGUGAAAAGCUGGAAAGUACUUAUAGAUGUGUGUGCCAUCAUGGCUUCACUGGGACACACUGCGAGACACCUAUAACCCACUGUGUUGACGGCCUUUGUCAACACGGUUCAGCAUGUGUGGAUCUGUCCAGAGGUUUCAGAUGCGAUUGUUUACCAGGUUUAACAGGCCGGUUUUGUGAGAUAAACAUUGAUGAGUGUGAACAGGAUCCAUGUGGACUCCUCAGUGUUUGUAAAGACUCUCUAAAUGGCUACAAUUGCUUCUGCGCACCUGGAUUUAUCGGAAAUAACUGUGAGAUUGAAGUGAAUGAAUGUCUCAGUCAGCCUUGUGAAAAUGGAGGCUCCUGCCUGGAUGAGUUCAACUCAUUUAGUUGCCACUGUCCUGCUGGAAUCACAGGCAACUUCUGUGAAGUCAACAUAGACGAGUGCUUUUCCUCUCCUUGCCUGCAUAAUGCUACAUGUGUUGAUCUUGUUCAUGGCUAUGAAUGUGUCUGUAAGUCCGGCUUUACAGGUACAGAAUGUGAGCUUGACAUUGAUGAGUGUGCUUCAUCUCCUUGCAAGAAUGGAGCAACUUGCAUUGACCUGCCCGGUAAUUACUUCUGCCAGUGUGUGGCUCCAUUUAAAGAGAUUAUCAGAGGUUAUAGAUGUGAAUUCUUGCCCUGUGAGGCCAGUAAUCCCUGCGAGAACGGUGCAGUGUGUGUGGAAGAGUUGGAUCAGGACCGCUUUCCUUUGGGCUUCCGCUGUCACUGUCGUCGGGGCUUCUCUGGCCCCCGCUGUGAAAUCAAUGUGGAUGAGUGCAGCUCCAGUCCCUGUUUUCACGGUUUCUGCUAUGAUGUUGUAGAUGGGUUUUACUGCCUUUGCAGUCCCGGUUAUGCGGGGUUGAGAUGUGAGCAAGACAUCGACGACUGCGUCAACAGUUUGUGCAGCCCUAAGUCCGUCUGUAAGGAUCUCCAUCAGACCUAUGAGUGUGUGUGUCAUUCAGGCUGGGAGGGGAAGUACUGCCAACAAGAAAUUGAUGAAUGUUUGUCACUGCCUUGCAAAAACAACGCCACCUGCACAGACCUUCUCGACGGCUACAAGUGUUUGUGUUCGGUGGGCUGGACUGGGAUGGACUGUGCACAAGAUGUGAAUGAGUGUGAUUCUGGACCAUGUCUAAAUGGAGCUCAGUGCAAGCAGUCUGACAUACCUGGGGAGUUCUCCUGCACCUGUUCCCCCUUCUUCACUGGCCUCUUGUGUGACCUGCCUUAUGACCCUUGUGACUCCCUCCACAACCCCUGCCUGCACAACUCCACCUGCCUGACACACUCCAAUGGAACAGCUUCUUGCAGAUGCCCAGCUGGAUUCGAAGGAAGUUUGUGUGAAAUUGACACCAAUGAGUGUUUUUCCAACCCAUGCCAAAAUCAUGGGCAAUGUGUGGACCAGGUCAAUAGUUACAGGUGUGAUUGUCAGAUGGGAUUUUCUGGCCUUCUCUGUGAGACAGACAUCAAUGAAUGCGCCUCCAACCCUUGCAGCAAUGCGGCCAUCUGUCAGGACCUUGUGAAUAAGUUUCACUGCGUUUGCCCUUCUGGUUAUUUUGGAGUGUUGUGUGACCUGGAUGUGAACGAGUGUGAAGUCUCACCUUGCCAACAUGAGGGCAUCUGUAUCAACACGCCCGGAGGCUUCAAGUGCGUCUGCCGGCCUGGAUACACAGGCUCACGGUGUGGCGUGAACAUCAAUGAGUGUCUUUCCAGCCCGUGCCAAAAUGGUGGAAGAUGUAUUGAUGAGUCCAAUCAAUAUCACUGCUGGUGUCCUGAUGGCUUCAUUGGGCUCCACUGUGAGUCCAACAUUGAUGAAUGCAUGUCAGCACCUUGUCUUCAUGGGAGCUGUAAAGAUGGUAUAAAUUCAUACACCUGCCUUUGUGGCCCAGGGUGGAUCGGCAGCAGAUGUGAAACAAACAUCGAUGACUGUGCCUGCAACCCCUGUUUAAAUGGCGGCUCCUGCGUGGAUCUCAUUGAUAAAUACGCCUGCUUCUGUUUGGAUGGGUUCACAGGAAAGACUUGUGAAAAUGAUAUAGAUGUUUGCAGAGACACCACUUUUAACGUCUCGCUGUGCUUUAAUGGAGCCACCUGCCUUGAUGGUGAAGGAUCAAACUUCACUUGUGUCUGUCCACCAGGUUUCAUGGGGGAUUUCUGUGAAGUGGAUGUUAACGAAUGCUGCUCAGCACCGUGCCAGAACAGCGCUGUUUGCCAAGAUCUUAUUAAUAGCUACGUCUGCCACUGCAGGUCAGGUUGGACAGGCCUUCACUGUGAGGAUGACAUUAAUGAGUGCCUUCCACAGCCCUGCAACCAGGGGAUAUGCAUCCAGAAUGAUCCAGGCUAUGGCUACACCUGUUUCUGUCGUCCUGGAUUUGUGGGAAGGAACUGUGAGCACAACUAUGAUGACUGCCUGCCUAAUCCGUGUCCAGAAGCGUUUUCCUGUGUAGAUGGCAUAAACAAGGUCAGCUGCCUGCCUCCUAUUACGGAUCCUGUUCCCUUGGUGACGCCAAGUGAGAACAUCACUGACGGCUACACACCCGGAGCGCUGAUGCCAACUCAAAGCCCAGUACCAACAGCUGAACUAUCCCCAGAUUGGAGCUCCCAUCAUUACUUUGGGAAUUCAUAUCUUGAGUUUCAAGGUGUUGACCUUGGAAGUCUCAACAACAUUACUGUGAGAUUUCAAACCACAGCAUCUCGGGGAACUCUCCUAUAUGUGGACCAAGGACCCAUCAAUGGGGAUUUCUUUUUCAUGAAACUCUUUAUCCAGGAGGGAAUCUUGCAGUAUGCCUUCUGCUGCAAUGAAGAGGAAGAGGUUACACGGAUGAGUGCAUCAAUUCACGUUGAUGAUGGCAGAGUUCACAUUGUGCACAUUAGACAACACCUGACCCCUUGUGAAGCAGAGCUGACGCUUUCAGGCUACGAGAGAAUUAAAAGCACAGCAAGUAAUUACUGGCUGGGACACAUGAUUCAGAGAACGAACCAUGUCUUCGUAGGUGGCUUGCCACAACAAUAUCUUCCCAAUCAGAGAGCAAAACCAUUUCACAACUAUACUGGCUGCAUUGAAGUAAUUGAAAUCAACCACCUAAGAAGCUUCUACACAACAGAUGCAGUCGCUGGCAGCAACAUAGACAGAUGCAGGUAUACUGUAUAUCCCACAGAGGCCUCCAAUCUGAGUCUGACCCCCCCAUCAGCUUCACCAGACACCCAUACGCCCAUACCGCCUCCCCAACUUCCUCAAGUUUGCCAUGGUGAUCUUUGCCGCAACGGAGGAACAUGCCGUCAGCUACAGCUCCAUGGCAGAACCUCCUCCUUCUGCCACUGUCCUCUCCAUUUUACUGGACCUUUCUGUGAAAAAGAUACCACUGUUUAUAUCCCGUCUUUCGAUGGCUCAUCAUACUUGACGCUGAAGCCUCUUGCGUUUCUGCCACAGCCUUUGAAUGACAGCAGUAGUCGACCGACCACAGCUGAAGAAAUCACUUUCUAUUUGACAGUCAAAACAACAUCAACACAAGGCACCAUCCUCUUCAAUCAUGUGACACCUAGAUUGCCCACAGAUGGACUUGACUUCACUAACUAUGUGACCUUUCAAGCCCAGGAGCAGAACUUUGGAGACCAGUUCCUCCAUGUGUUCCUUGAAGAUGGUAGCCCCAUUGCUCAGCUUGGAUGUGGUGGCGCUACUGUUUUAUAUGCAACUCCUGGCACGAGCAUCAAUAAUAACAGAUGGAUGCCGAUCCUAAUCCGAUUCAGCCUCCCUGUUGGCAAACAAGGAGGGUCAUGUCGGAUUGAAAUUGCCACAGAUAAUGGCCCCGCACAGCAUCUCGAGGAGUUUGUGUCACACCCCGUGUCAGAGAGAACCUUUGGACCCAUAUUUCUUGGGGAUGUUUCAUCCCACUGGGAGAUGCAUGAUGAGAGAGGAAAAGAAGCAAGAAGAUUCAUUGGCUGCAUCAAGGAAUUUCAGGUCAACUUGAAGGAGAUUGACCUGGUGGGUGAAGCAGUGAGGGGGAGGAACAUCAAGAACUGUGACCCGCCUGUCUGCCAACACCUUCCCUGUCGCAAUGGAGGAACAUGUGUCAGUGACGCCGAGGACUGGUUCUGCGAGUGCCCCCCGCACUACACGGGCCGACUGUGCCAGCUCAGCGCCUGCGAGCGGGGACCCUGCAGCCGCGGAGCCACGUGCAUCCCGAGGUCGCAGCUGGAGGCCGUUUGUCUAUGCCCCUACGGACGACAGGGGCUGCUCUGCGACCAAACCAUCAAUGUAACUCGUGCCAGAUUCAGUGGAACCGAUGAGUUUGGCUACACCUCCUUUGUGGCCUACACCUCCGUCCCCAGCCUCAGCUUCUUCUAUGAGUUCAAGUUGAGGUUCACGCUCGCAAAUAAUUCAUCUGCUGUCAGAGACAACCUGAUCCUGUUUGCUGGACAAAAGGGACAAGGCAAUGACGGCGAUGACUUCCUCGUUUUAGGACUACGACGUGGGAGAGUUGUCCACAGAUUUAACCUCGGAUCGGGAAUAGCAACCAUAGUCAGUGACCGACUCAACGACUCCAUCGGCAUCCACACUGUUACCUUUGGAAGGUCCAAGAGAAUAGGUUGGCUGAAGGUUGAUGGGCAGCGGAACAGAGCAGGAUAUUCUCCUGGACCUCUGGUGGGCCUCAAUGUUUUCAACCAGCUCUUUGUAGGUGGAUAUAAUGAGUUCACCCCUGAACUGCUGCCACUUGGCUCCAGAUUCCGUCAAGGCUUUCAAGGGUGCAUUUUCGACGUUCAGUUUCGGACCAGGAGAGACGGGAAGUUCCAAGCGUUGGGGCAACCUGCGGGGCAUCCGGCCUUCGGGCGCAGCGUGGGUCAAUGUGGAAUCAGCCCCUGUGUUCAUGUUCGCUGCCGGAAUGGAGGGACGUGUGUGGACUCUGGUUCAUCCGUCUAUUGCCAGUGCCGGCCUGGAUGGAAAGGAGCCCUCUGUGCUGAAACCGUGUCUGUGUGCGAUCCUGAACACAGCCCCCCUCCUCUCUGUGGCCACGGCUCCACCUGCAUCCCUCUGCCGGAUGGAUAUACCUGCCAGUGCCCCUUGGGGACUGCAGGAGUCCACUGCAAGACAGCUGUGACCAUCACUGACCCGUUCUUCAGUACCAACCUGUCUUCAUGGAUGUCCUUCCCUCCUAUGAGUCUCAGGCACAGGACUGUUGUGGAGCUGCAGUUCCAGCCGGUGUCACCUGAUGGCAUCCUCGUCUACGCUGCACAGCAUCUUGGCGCCAGAGCAGGAGAUUUCUUCUGCCUCUCCUUGACGUCUGGGUUUGUCCAGCUGAGAUACGACCUAGGUGACGGCACGCGCGUUCUCCGGUCAGUGCGAGCAGCGGACCUGCGGGGCCGGACGUGGCAUGUGGUGAAGGCUGGCCGAACCGGUCGCCAGGGCUUCCUUAGUCUGGACGGCGAGGAGGUUGGGGAGAACAGGACAGACGGGAUGACCACACUCGACGUCGCCACCGACGUCUUUGUCGGAGGCGUGUCCACUUUGAGCUUCGUUUCCCCAGAAGCAACCAAACGGGAGCCGAUGAGCUUCACCGGCGGCUUGAGAGAGCUUAAGAUCAACGGUCGAGAACUUGAGCUAACGGAGACGGGAGCUGUCGGUGGAACAAACAUCGGGGACUGGGAUGGGACGGCCUGCGGGUACAAAGUGUGUCGUAACGGAGGUCGGUGCAGGCCCACUGGGGCUGACUCAUUCGUAUGCAUAUGCCCGUCAUCGUGGACUGGAUCCGUGUGUAACCAGUCUGUAAGCUGUGUCAACAACAGCUGCAGACAUGGCUCGAUAUGUGCCCCGUCUACCGUCCCCUCCUACAGCUGCAUAUGCCCCCUGGGGUGGGGAGGGACAUACUGUGACGCUAAAGUGUCCUCGGACACAUUCAGGUUUGUUGGAAACUCUCACAUUAAGUACAGAGAUCAAAGAUUCAACACAAGGAGCUUGAAAUACACACAGGUCUCUUUCAGCGUCUACGCCAGCUCCGGUGACGGCCUGAUUGCGUGGUUGGGGAUGGCCGAGCACGAAGACGACGACUACCUUGCCGUUGGGCUUGACGAAGGCAAUCUGAAGAUCGCGGUCAAUCUUGGAGAAAGACUUGCCCUUCCGGUGACUUUCAAAAAUGUCACUCUCUGCUGCAGGAAAUGGCACGACGUGUCUUUAAAUCUGAACCGGACUGUUCUUCAAGUGUUCCUCGACGGCAAGGAAAUCCUGUUUGAAGAUUUGGACCCAUUUGAGCGAUACGUGGCCUUGAACUCUGGGGGCGUGGCAUACUUCGGUGGGUUUGAAAUGUACAGAAACGUAUCUGUGGUCACCGCUGGGGUAUUUUCAAACGGGCUUGAAGGAAGUAUCCGAAAUGUGUUUUUGUUUGGAGAUGGAAACCCGGUUCUCUUUCUUGAAAGCAGUGAAGGUUUUAAUGUUUUUGAAGGCACCGAAUGAAAACUGUGGCUUCUGACCUCUACAGAAGCUCAAAGAAAAGCCACCUCAUGACAACAAGCCACUUAAAUGCUUGUAAGGAGUUUAAUAGUUUUAGCUUGUAUUUUGAGUUAGCAAUAUUUGUUGAAUAUUUUAUGGUUUUGUAGCGUAGUGAUUUGACUGAGCUGCAUUCAAAUGACAAAAAAAAAAGUGUGAAAUAAACCAGCUUUCUUCUGUU